CCAGAAAGUUCAGAAAUACGAACAGCUUGCGAUAGUUAGAGAGGAGAGAGAAAGAGAGAGAGGGAGCAGCGCUCUUCUCUGGAGCGCUUUCAGGAGAGGUAGAGGGACUCAACUUGUUCCUGAGGUUUAGGCAUCAACAAUGGGAGCCGGAGGCCGAAUGUCUGUCACCACAACCAAAUACGAAGACCACAAGAAACCCAUCCAGAGAGUCCCUCACUCCAAACCUCCUUUCACUCUCGGCGAAAUCAAGAAAGCCAUCCCACCCCACUGCUUCAAGCGAUCCCUCCUUCGCUCCUUCUCCUUCGUUGUUUACGACCUCAUUUUAGUCUCUCUCCUCUACUACAUUGCCACCACAUACUUCCACUCCCUCCCUCCACCCCUCCGCUACCUAGCAUGGCCCGUCUACUGGACUCUUCAAGGCUGCAUUCUCACAGGCGUUUGGGUCAUUGCUCACGAGUGCGGUCACCACGCAUUCAGUGACUACCAAUGGGUGGACGACACAGUUGGCCUUGUCCUCCACUCGUCCCUCCUAGUCCCGUACUUCUCGUGGAAGUACAGUCACCGCCGCCACCACUCCAACACCGGAUCCAUUGAACACGACGAGGUCUUUGUCCCGAAGGUGAAAUCCAAGAUGGGAUGGUACUCUGAAUACUUGAACAACCCCAUAGGCCGCAUUCUCACCCUUGUGAUCACUCUCACUCUUGGCUGGCCCCUGUACUUGGCCUUCAAUGUAUCCGGCCGACCCUAUGACCGUUUCGCGUGUCACUUCGAUCCCAAAUCCCCCAUCUACAACGACCGGGAAAGGCUGCAGAUUUACAUUUCUGAUGCAGGUGUUGUAGCUGCAACUUAUCUCCUCUAUCGGGCUGUUCUGGCAAAAGGGUUGGCAUGGGUUGUAUGCGUUUACGGAGUCCCAUUGCUGAUUGUGAAUGGCUUCCUUGUGCUGAUCACAUACUUGCAGCACACCCACCCUUCCCUGCCUCACUAUGAUUCAUCAGAAUGGGACUGGCUGAGGGGAGCGUUGGCGACGGUGGACAGGGAUUAUGGGGUGCUGAACAAGGUCUUCCACCACAUCACUGACACGCACGUAGCUCACCAUCUCUUCUCCACAAUGCCACACUACAACGCGUCGGAGGCCACCAAGGCGAUCAAGCCGAUCCUCGGGGAGUAUUAUCAGUUCGAUGGCACUCCGUUUUACAAGGCAAUGUGGAGGGAGGCAAGGGAGUGUCUGUAUGUGGAGCCAGAUGAGGGUACACCUAGUGAUGGUGUACUGUGGUACAAGAACAAGUUUUGAACGCUCACACGGUUGCGAAGAAUGAUGGUGUGUGUAAGUAGGUGUUGUGUAUGUGUUUUUAAGUAUGGUAGUAAAUGUGUGACUUCAGUGUGUUUUGUGUGUGGGAGAUAGAAGCAAGGUGUUGUCUUCUUCCCCGGAUCAACUGUUUUCUGGAGUUGUAAUAUGAACCUUUUAGUCUUAAUUAUGUGUGUUUUCGGAUGAA